AGAAAACACCAUUUGUACGAGUAUGAGUGAGAAUCAAAAAAACCAAAACGGUGAAGUGAAGCAAGAGAAGACGGAGUCAAAUCAAGGCGGUUCAAAUAAUGGUGGUUCGCAGGAAACCACUCGCCAAGACAGCAUCGAACGGAUCAUGCUGCGAAAGCAAAAGGUCUACCAACUACCAAGGAAUCAGAAGCUUACGAAGCUAUCGAUGUACUCCUCCUGCCAAGCGAACGAGUGCCGCUGCAGUGGUUGGAAAACACCGGAAGAAAAUCGUCACAAAGAUGUGGAAGUUGAUUAUUGUCCCGAUUUUGCCGAAGAGUGCCGCAAUCCGAACUGCAAACAUAGUCUGGAGACACACAUCCAACACUUGGGGGAUAUAACCGAGGAGCAGAUGAACGAGCUGCUGGGAGCCAUCGUGGAUGUGGAAAAUCUGUACAUGAGCAUGCUUCGUGAGUCGGAUACUGACACGAAAAAGGUUUACGCUUAUCUGUUCCGUUUGCUGCGGCAAUGCAUUCUCACGCGCACACAGGCAGUUAUUAGAGGCCCACUGGGAGACCCUCCUUUCGAGCAGCCAUCAAUUUCGAAAGCGGUCACUAACUUCGUCUUGCAUAAAUACGGCCACCUACAUCAAGCAGAGUUGGAUUCGAUGACGGACGUCGCAAAAACGUUCCUCCAUUGUUUGAAUCAUUGGAAUUUCGAAGCGCCGAGUGCACGGCAAGACCUAGUCAAUCAGGAGGAUGUUUCCAACUACAAGAUAAACUAUACCCGUUGGUUGGUGUUCUGUCACGUACCGGCAUUUUGCAGCUCGCUUCGUCACUUUGAAACUUCCAUCGUGUUCGGCCGCACCCUUUUGAAAGCGGUCUAUCAGUACGUGUACCAGCAGUUGCUGAUGCGGUGUAAAAUCGAGCGUGACCGUAUGCCACCGGAAAAGCGUAUCAUGCUCACGCAGCUACCCAAAUUCCUCGAAGCGCUCAAACAAGAGGUUGUAAACGAGGACUCUCCCAUUUGGUCGCCGAACUUCAAACCAGCCGCUUCACUCUUGCUGCACAAAACGAAACGCGCACACGAUGGCUCAUCAAUGGCAGGAACGGGCAAGAAGCUGGGUGACGCAAAGCGCUACAAAAAAGAAUCCGACUGUGAAGAUCUUCCGGACGAAGUGGUGGCGCGCGCGUUGAAGCGAAUUAACGACUCAAACUACUCGAGCCGGGCAGAGGUAGUGUUUCCCCCGAAUGCUCCCCGCGAUGAGGCGGCAAAGGCGGAAGAAAACCGGCGAGAAAUCGAGUUUCAUGUCGUUGGCAAUUCGCUGACGAAGCCCGUUACCAAGCAAUCGAUGCUGUGGUUGCUUGGAUUGCAUAGCGUGUUCGCCCAUCAACUACCUGGAAUGCCCAGAGAAUACAUCAGCCAGCUAGUGUUUGAUCCAAAGCACAAAACGCUUGCCCUGAUUAAGGAAGGUCGUCCAAUCGGUGGCAUCUGCUUCCGUACAUUCGUAUCGCAAGGCUUUACGGAAAUUGUGUUCUGUGCUGUUACUAGCAGCGAACAGGUGAAGGGGUACGGUACCCAUCUAAUGAACCAUCUCAAGGAUUACAGCACCCAGAGGGGCAUAAAACAUUUCCUCACGUACGCGGACGAGUUUGCGAUCGGAUACUUCAAGAAGCAGGGAUUUUCCAAAGACAUUAAAGUUGCGCGCCACGUGUAUGCUGGAUAUAUCAAAGAGUACGAAGGUGCGACACUUAUGCACUGCGAACUCCAUCCCAGCCUGAUCUACACACAGUUUAGCUCGGUAAUACGCAAACAGAAAGAAAUUGUAAAGGAACUCAUCACGCAGCGCCAGCAGGAAGUGCAGAAGGUACAUCCCGGGCUGACCUGUUUCAAGGAAGGUGUGCGUAGCAUACCGAUCGAAUCGAUACCGGGUCUGCGAGAAGUAGGAUGGCGUCCGACAUUCCGAGCACAGCGAACUGCACGCCCACUGGAAGAAUCUGCUGACCCUGACAAGUUGGCCAACUCUCUGAGCGGUGUAUUGCUUGCCGUGCGGCAGCAUACGGCUGCCUGGCCUUUCCUGAAGCCGGUCAAUCAGGCAGAAGUGCCCGACUACUAUGAUCACAUAAAAUAUCCGAUGGAUCUCAAAACGAUGACGGAACGUUUGAAAAACAAAUACUACGUCACGAGACGGUUGUUUAUGGCUGACAUGGCACGCAUUUUCACCAACUGUCGUCUGUACAAUUCACCCGAGACUGAGUACUACCGCUGUGCCAACACACUCGAACGGUACUUUCAAACCAAAAUGAAAGAAAUCGGUCUGUGGGAUAAAUGAUGUCCACUAAACAAUCUCGAUCGAGCCAACCUGCACACGACCAGCAAGGAUGAGGAAGAUAACGAAGACGAGGACAACGAUCAGGACGAUAACGAUGAGGACGGCGUAGAGGAAGCA